AUGGUUCGUCGCAGUAGUAUCUCAGAUGAACCUGAAGUCCGACCAGCAAAACGUCAAUCCGAUACUGACAACGACAACGACAACGACGACGCGGAGUCGGGGUUGGAGAGUGAGUGUGAAGGAAGCCGGCUUCGCCCGCGACGACAGCGAAAGAGUCCAGCUGGCGCAGCACGCAGACCUGUCAAGCGUAGACGAGCUGGACGAGCGGAGACGAAACAGCAAAGACAGAUUGCCCAAAAUACGCUGACUCCACCUUCAACUUCAGCACCAACCGGAUCUUCGGAGCUAGAGACUGAGAUAUUGGAAGACGAAGAUGAAAAUUCGCAGGUUUCUAUCCAUUCAUCUGCACUUCUUCUAAAGUGGAAGGAUAUCCCGUAUCCUGGCUUACCGCAAGUAGGCUACGCAUUCUCCUACGCGUCCGGCCCAAUCCGCUUCCUCAAAAUCCCAUCGUCAGCACCAAAGUCCCUCGCCGCCCAUUGGCGCCCUCCACAAAACUACGCCGCUUACGUGAUCUACUCAUUGAAUCCGGCUCCCAAUAUGGACAACAAACUCCAAGGUCUAGAAAUGGUGAACGAGCUUGCCGUGCACGGGUUCGUCGAAGACGAGAACUGUGAUGUCCGAGAAGAGAUCGUACAGGGUAUGCGUGCUUUGACCUUUCAUAAGGGCAGCGUUGCUGUCAGCGUAACCAAACUUGGGGGUGCGCCGAAAUUCAAGGGCUACUGGCCAGGCAGCAAGUUGGAUGACGAAGACAAGAAAAUGAUCUCCGCGAAGCUGCAGAGUGUCAUGCACGAUUGCGCUGUUGCCAACCACAAACCAUCCAAAUGGUCGACCACAACGUCUCCCCGUUCCAGUUCUUCGACGACGUCGCCCAAAUCAGCCAAAACCUCACCCGACUCAACCGCUCCUCGAAGCACCACAAUCACAGCCUCUCAGGAAGAAGCAGAAACAGCACACUCAACCCCAUCCUCUUCCUCCGGCGCAAGCGCAAGCGGCGGCAUCCCAACCUCCCUGGAAGCCAGCGGCCUCAUCAAAUUCAUCAAAGUCCACUGGCGCCACAGCAAAUGCAUCGCCGAUGCCAUCCAUCUCAUCCGUCCCGCGCGGCUCACUACCAAUCUCCGAAGUUCGACCGGGUCGGCAGACACGGAAGAAGAGGACGAUUUCAAAGCCGUGGUGGUGUGGUCGAAUCUGAAAGAGAAGAAGGAGGGUGUCAGUCUGCUGGAGGGGAUGAUUGCUCAGAGGUUGGGCGGCAGUGAAGAGGAUUUUUUGGAAGGGGUUACGGUCUGUCAGGAGGUGAUUGAUGAUGAUGAUGAAGAGGAGGGGAAGGGGGAAGGCGAGAAAUGGGCGGUGCUGCGUAAGGGAGAUGUUGUUGUGGGGUUCCCGGGGGAGCGGGGGAUGGAUAUUUUCAUUGAGAGGGUGGCGGAGUGGGAGAAGGUGUGCAAUUGA